CUUCAGCUUUUAAUCCCCAUAGCAUCAGAACACAUCAACAAUACUUAACGAAAGGUUGUGCUUUCCACGGGAACUAUACACGUUGUAAUUUGGGGGGUUUACACAUCUUGGGUAAGCUGUUUUUAGUGAACCAAUUUCACUAUCAAACCGUUUGAGAAUUUCAUAGUAAUUCUCAAAGUUUCAACCACUAACGAAUGCUAAAUUUAUUUAGCAAUUGUUUGACAGUCAUUUAUUGACCCAGCAACCAGAUUGUGUUUGAAUUUUCAAGUCAUCCUGUCUGUCGGUCGAACGUGUUAUUUACAGAACUAUCGCAGCACAGAUAACAGUGGACAGUGCCUCAGGAGUUAUAAUAUUUCAUUUUGUACUUGCAUUAAAGAAAAUAUUAGAUCCCGAACAAGAUGCCGAACUCCGGUUUCCAAGGCCAAAUAAACAACAAGUAUUGCGGAACAUCAAAGGGAGACAUACUACCUGUUGGCGAGAAAUACUAUCAAGGUAAUCUACCGAACCCAGCAUUCUGGCGUUCUUACGUCAGUUCAGCACCGUUGAAAAGUAGUUUACCUCCACUAGACAACAGGUACUCACGACACCUGAACCUUACAUCUGGCGGACUAGGAUGCACUCGUUUGAUUUCUCCGCCUAGAUCAGAGGCCGACCCCAAUAGCAGCUGCAGUGGAGGAAUAGUACCGAAAGGCGGUAUCAUGUCCAACUCAGUUGCCCCAUUCGCUACCCUGGGCAAGGCUACGUGUGGCUACUUUUUUUCUCGUGAGACGGAUCACAAGAAACGACUGACUGGUAUCCCUCCAGCAAACCUCGUCAUGUGGAGAUACUAUGUGAAAUAACUGAACUCGAAUCGGAUAAAUGAUUUCCAUCGAGCAAAUUCCGAGAUUACUGCUAUGCUUAUUAUAUCACGGUUGCUAUUCACGGAAUAAACUCUUGAACUCUUGAUUUGUCAUCUAUGCAACCACAGUGAAACUUUGCAAUCACUAAAAUAAUGCAUUAAUUUGUUCUGAUGUGUUUAGAAAUGUCGAUACGUCUGUGAUCUUCAAUGUUAACGAAUGAUCAGUAUUCUAAUACACAUACUCAUAUGUAAUAAUUAAUAACAAAUAAUAUUAAAGUUUCGAUUGUCCCCUAAAGAAAUCUGGUGUGAUAUAUUUUGUCAUAGCCUCCUUGAAAACCGUGACAGUACAGUACUGUAUUAAGAUACACAGUGUACGUAGAUGCUAUGUGCUUAUGAUGUGCAAAUAAUAAUUAUUUACAAACUAAAGGCAUGUUUCUUUUGAAAACAUAAAACAUGUUUAUUUAUUGAUGUGCUUAUUGAUUUUGAGGCCUUCGUAUUACUGUAGCUUGUUUGUUUAAAAUUCGUAUGCUAUGUAAAUGCUGACCAAUAUGUAAAUAGUGAAAAAUUAACUAUUUCGUCCGUACCGUAUUAUAAGUUCUAAUAAUUGAAUUAUAUGAUGUAAGUAUUAUACUACAGACAAAAAUACUUAGAUUUGCACAAUUGAUGGUUUAGUUCCUGUGGGUAGGCCUAACAUUUUAUCAAACCAAAAUGUAUGGGGUGAGUGAUGAUUGGCAAUGAUAUUUCCAAAUGUAACUUUUCACACAUCGAUUUUUUUGGUCUAGUUUGUUUACAGAUGUUAUUGAAUGGAGAAUAAACUGAGGUGGAUAGCUUCACCAAAAAUAGAGAAA